AUGGCAGACUAUUCUUCUCUAACUGUUGUUCAAUUAAAGGAUUUACUGACUAAAAGAAACCUGUCUGUGGGUGGGUUGAAAAAUGAAUUGGUCCAAAGACUAAUAAAGGACGAUGAAGAAUCAAAGGGGGAUAAUGGCGAACCUAACCAAGAGAAAGAACAACAAUUAGAGUCUGUGGCUAAAGAAGAACCAGCCCCUAAAGAUGCUAUUGAAACAGAAGCUCCGGCCGAAACUAAAGACGUUGCUACUAAAGAUGAAACUAAGGAAGCCCAGAUAACCUCCGAUGAUGUUUCCCCUACUGCUCAAAAACCCAAAGAACCAGCUGCCGCCCCGGUUCUAUCACCAGAAGAAAUUAAGGCCAACGCCUUAGAUCUACUGAAUAAGAAAAUGCAUCGUGCUAACAAAUUCGGUCAAGACCAGGCAGACAUCGACUCUAUAAAGAGACAGAUAAACCGGGUAGAAAAAUUCGGUGUUGAUUUGAAUAGUAAGUUGGCUGAGGAAUUAGGCCUUGUCACUAGGAAAAAAAAUCCUGAAAGUAGCGACAGCAGUAGACCCAAAAAUAGAAGCAAAGGUUCGAACAACCGUUCUAGAGUCAGUAAGAGCAGAAAAGGUAACAACCGCUCUAAUUUCAGAAGGUAA